CAUCCAGAGAGAAAGUGGGAUAGCGGGGAAGAGAAGCAGACAGCUGAGGAAGCAGCUAGGGGGGAAAAAAGAGGAGGGGGCAGACACAAGGACACAGACAUGAAGACAGAGGAAACUGGGAUGCAGAGGCAAGUGGAGAAAUUUUUAAAGCAAGGGCAGAUGAGAAGAAAGAGGGAGAAAGAACAAUAAAGAAGUCGUCGCACCAUAUGCUCCCACAGAGAGAAACAUGUUAGCCAUUCAGACGACAGCAGGGAGGCAGCCAGCGAUCUGCAGUGAGAUACAAACAACCCCUCCUGAAUGGCAGUCAGAAUGAAGAGCCUGCAGAUUAAACACAGGAGACUUUCGUUUAAGAGAGCAGAGUAAACCACACCAAGAUUUGACCAGCAGGCAAUGUUUCUGUCUGGAGAAACACCCACUGUUAUUUGUCUUUUGUAAAAUAUUCGUAGCACACUGAACACUGGUACUGUACUAUUUUUAUAGAAAAAAAUUUAGCUAUAUGACUUUUCCUGACAAGCUGGAUUUGUGAGAACAAAAGAUGCACACUCCAGCCUCAAUGGUGAUGGGGAUCGUUUUUGCCCCCUUGGGUUUGGUCCUAGUCUUCACUGCUGCCAUCACCCCCCAGUGGAGAGAGGGACAGGCACGUUUGGGAAUGGCAGGACCGGGAAGUCUGCUCCGGUCAGGAACAAAAAGUCAUGGGACCAGGUCCAGUUCAGUGGAGGCACUGAUCUUGUUGCGCUCUGACGGACUAUGGGAGAGCUGCCUGCAGGUGGAGCGCUCUGACUUGAGGCAGUGCUGGCCUGUGGCUGGUCCGUAUCAGAGAGACCCCAGGGUUCGUCUGGCACAGGGUUUGGUGCUAACCUCCUUGUUCCUGUGCGGCACUGGCAUUGUCCUGGCUUGUAUCGGGGUCCGAUGCUGGGCAGAUCUCCCUCUGAGAGGUGUAGCAGCCUCAGGAGGACUUCUGGUGGUGACAGCAGGGCUGCUGAGCCUGACUGCGUUAGGGGUUUACACCCACAACCUUAAAAGACUCGGGAUGGAUCCAAGUCAAAGGAUUCAUAACCCACGGUACCCACACCUCAACUUGCAUCCAGCUGGCUCGCUUUACUUUGGGUGGCUGGGUUCGUGUCUACAGGUGUUGGGAGGCGCCGCUUUGCUUUUCAGUUUCAAACGACCACGAUGCCCAACCUGCCCAUCUAGGCAUGAGCUAUCUGUCUCUCCCUGCCACUCAUGUCCAGAAAUGACCAACAAGCCUGACAUGGAUGUAUAUGAAGUUAGUUGUUAGAAGCUUGUCCAACAUUUUAAAACUUGUAAGAAAGCGUCGACAGAAAAGAGAAAAAAUUUGCAUUAAGGGCACUUUCUAAACCCCUUUUUAUCUUUUCAGUGUGUAGCUUAUGUAAUGAAAAGUCAUAAAUUCAUAAAUGACUGUGGACUACCAGACAUUGCUGCUUAGUAAUGAACUGUCAUGCAGGUUUAAACAUAAUGGAUGUAGCUCUCCUUUAACACAGGAACAAACAUGAUCUGGGGGUGUAAAUAAAAACAAAUGGAUGAAUGUCACGUUAGAAAAAGAUUCAACAUCACGCUGCCUUUAAAUGCAACAUGUGGUGAAACACGAUUGAAGUAUUGCUUAGUGUUGCCUUUACAUUGUAGCCAUGCAUUUGUACUGUUAAGAAAAAAAUUGUCUGAACAGAACUGUGAAUCAUAGAUGAUGCCAGGUGAAGCCUAAAAAAAUGGCUUAAAUUCUUAAGAUCAUCACACUCGGUUUCAUCUGUAUUAAGUUGGUUGUUAACAAAAAAAAAAGCUUUACAUUUAUAUCUGUGAAGGUUCUCAGUCAUCCAGGUCAUCGUAGUCAAAGGAGUUUGCAAAGAAAAGCGUCUGGACUUCUUUAAGUUGCUUGAAGACGUUUCACCUCUCAUCCGAGAAGCUUCUUCAGUUCUAACAUUUAUAUGUGAUAUCCUGUUUUGUUGAUGAAUUUGUUGCUCUUGAGCACAGGAGGAGUUUUCACUGGGUAACAUUAUAUUUCUGGAAUAAGAUGAGCAGCACGAAGAUUAAAGAAGGCAUAACAGGAAGAUAUACAAAAGGGUAUUUUCUAUUCCUUGCAAAUGACUUGUUUGUGUUGUCAUUUCGUGCUCAUAUUUG